AAUAAUCUGAAUCGAGAAAAAUUGGAAUUUAGUCUGUUAACAAUUCUUUAUUCUUCUUGUAGUUUGUACGCAAGUCCCAAUUGUAUAUAAUUAUGUAAUGUAUUAACUAUUUAGAAAUAUCUGAGAAAAAAAUACAUAGUUUAUAAUGGGUAAUACAGUUUCUAACGCUCAAACGGAUGCAGCUCAGUCCUUCGUAAGUCAGGACAAAUCGAACAGUAAUAAUAAUGUGCAAAACAAUCCACAUAAUUUUGCAACAAACACCGGACAAAAUCCUCCACCUGAAUGUCCAAUGCACAAUAAAAUGGAUAAAAUAGAAGAACCUAAAAAAUCUGGCUGUGCAGUAGCUGGUGGUCUUGACGACAUCAAUCCACUAAACAUGAUGCCUCCACCUAAUCAACAACCAGCACCCGAUCAACCGUUUACUCUACCAACUGAGAGAGAAGUUUCUACUAUACCUAAAGCCGAUGGCGACUUUUGGGUUUAUCCAUCAGCCCAAAUGUUUUGGAAUGCAAUGUUACGCAAAGGUUGGCGCUGGAAGGAUGAUAAUCUGUCACCAAAAGAUAUGGAAGUUAUAAUAAAAAUACAUAAUGUUAAUAAUGAAUUAGCUUGGCAAGAAGUACUUAAAUGGGAAGCGUGGCAUGCAAACGAGUGUAUGUCCCCGAAACUCAAAAGCUUUGGCGGAAAAGCUAAAGAUUACUCACCAAGAGCUAGAAUACGGAAUUGGAUGGGCUAUGAGAUGCCUUUUGACAGACACGAUUGGGUUGUCGAUCGUUGUGGAAAAGACGUCCGUUAUGUUAUUGAUUACUAUAGCAUUAAUAAAACAGAAACCAAACACCAAGUAGCAGCACUAGACGUUAGGCCUGCGUUAGACUCAUUUCAAGCUCUUUGGGAUCGGACUAAGGCUUCAUAUUUGAGAUGGCGUUUUGAAGCAGAAAUGGAGAGAAAUGUUGUGAACAAAAUGGAAGAAUUAAAAAACUCCGAUAAAGCAUAAUUGUUACUUGUAUAUUUUUGUUUAGUCUAUGCGAGCCGUAUGCAUUGGCGUCCACGAUGGAUUGUUUUAAUAAAGUCUAUAGUUCUUAAUUAGUAGAUUUUUUAAAUACAAUUAUUUGUCAGUUUACAUAAAUAGGUGGAAAAUAAAAAGCAUUUUCAAGGA